GUCAGGAGGUGUGUGCAUGUGUUCAUCUUUGCCGAGGAGGGACUGCAGGCGUGCACGAGUGUGUAUUUGUGUGCAUGCGUGUCUGCACCUGUCUGUUAAAGCAGCAUUGUUCCUGAUGUGAGAAAGCUGUUCCGAGCUGUUUGGAAAAUCCAAGGUCAUUGGAGCCUAGUCACAUGCUCUGUAUGUGAGCGUGCAUGUGUGAUUGAGUGUCUGCGAGAGUGUCUCCCUCUCUCUGUUUCUCUGUCUCUCUCUCCCUGUCUCUCUGGCUAUGUGAAGAGAAAAAGGCUUCAGGCAAAGAAUAGACAAUUUCAUCAGGUUUUCCAUCAAUGUACGGUGUUUGCGGGUGCUGUGGGGCCCUGAGACCCCGCUAUAAGAGGCUGGUGGAUAACAUCUUUCCAGAAGACCCUGAGGAUGGUUUGGUGAAGGCAAAUAUGGAGAAACUCACUUUUUAUGCCUUGUCUGCUCCUGAGAAACUAGAUCGCAUCGGCGCCUACCUGUCCGAGAGACUAUCCAGAGAUGUGGCUCGCCACAGAUAUGGGUAUGUUUGUAUUGCUAUGGAGGCUUUGGAUCAGCUUCUGAUGGCCUGUCACUGUCAGAGUAUAAAUCUUUUUGUGGAGAGCUUUCUCACUAUGGUGCGCAAGCUACUGGAGGCCGACAAACCCAGCUUACAGAUCCUCGGCACUAACUCAUUUGUGAAGUUUGCCAACAUAGAGGAGGACACUCCAUCAUACCAUCGAAGCUAUGAUUUCUUUGUCUCACGCUUUAGUGAAAUGUGCCACUCCAGUUACGAAGAUCCAGACAUCCGCACAAAGAUUCGCAUGGCAGGUAUAAAAGGCUUGCAGGGAGUGGUGAGGAAGACGGUUAAUGAUGAACUACAGGCAAAUAUUUGGGAUCCCCAGCACAUGGACAAAAUCGUGCCAUCUCUUCUGUUCAACUUACAACAGGAAGAAGGCAUAGAAAGAUCUCCUUCCCCAGAGACAGAAAAAGAGAAGGAACGUCCGGUGGAGCUGACCGAGAGGUGCUUUCGAGAGCUGCUGGGACGAGCAGUGUACAGCAAUAUAAAGAAUGCUGUGAAACCCGUGCUUAUGCACCUUGAUAAUCAUUCACUAUGGGAGGGCAAAAGUUUUGCAGUGCGCUGUUUCAAAAUCAUUAUGUACUCCAUUCAGUCUCAGCAUUCACAUUUGGUGAUUCAGCAGCUGUUGGGCCACUUGGAUGCCAACAGUAAAACCUCAGCCAGAGUGCGUGCUGGGAUAGUGGAGGUGAUUGCAGAGGCGGCCGUUAUAGAGGCCAGUGGAUCCAUAGGGCCUACAGUACUGGAGGUGUUUAAUACUCUACUGAAGCAGCUCAGACUCAGUGUCGAUUAUGAGCUCACUGGGUCCUAUGACUCUUUUGGAAACAUGGGGUCUAAGGUCAUUAAAGUACACGAGGAAAGACAACUGCAAGAAGCCGUCAUUAAAACUAUUGGCUCAUUUGCCAACACGCUGCCUACCUACCAGCGUUCAGAAGUCAUGCUGUUCAUCAUCGGUAAAAUUCCUGUGCCAGGGAUGUAUCCUGCUUUGGGGUCACCUAAUACAGGGAUUGAAGGAAGUAGAAUGAUACAGAUUAUGCUGCUAAAAUCUCUGCUGCAGGUAACAGCGGGAUUCCAGUCUACAAACAUUUUGACAGCUCUGCCCACAUCAUUCUUGGAUCCGCUUCUGUCCUUUACUUUGAUGGAGGACGCAGAGAUCCGCCUGCUCGUUCUUGAAAUUCUCAUCAGCAUCAUCGAUCGCCAUGACAACCGGCACAAAUUCUCCCCUGUCAGAAUUAUAUCCGAUAUCUCAGUACUGAUGCUGAAAGUAGACAAGUGCUCCAGACAGGAUAACCUGUUCAUGAAGAAACACAGCCAGAGGCUUUACCGCCACAUUUAUCUGGCCUGCAAAGAGGAGGGCAGCAACCAGCGACACUUUGAGUCUCUGUAUACGCUGCUGGGCUUGAUCUGUGUAGAGCUGGCCAAUGAGGAGGUGGUGGUGGAUCUGAUUCGACUGGCUUUGGCCUUACAGGAUCUGGCCUUGAUUGAAGAAGCGCUUCCUGUGUAUAACCGCUGUGCCAUCCACGCUCUAUCAGCUGCAUACCUGAACCUCAUCAGCCAGCUGACAACUGUGCCCACUUUCUGUCAGCACGUCCACGAGGUAAUUGAAUCAAGAAGGAAGCUGCUUCCUUUACUGCUACCAGAGGAUGUGCUUGUUGAACCCUCAAACAUCCCAGAGAAGCUGGAGAAGGUGGAGGGUGAGGUGCUGUUUGUGCAGUCUAAGAUAGCAGAGAUGCUGGGCGGCUCUGGAUACAACACAGAGAGACUGGCCGCUCCAUAUAUCCCCCAGAUCACAGAUGAAGACAGGUUGUCUAAGAGGAAGAGUAUUGGAGACACUGUCUCUCUGCAGUUAGAGAUGGAGUCAAGACCAAGUCCAGAAAAAGAGCAGAGAUCCACAGCUGAGCAGAUAACAUUUGAAACUCUCAAACAAGCCAUGGCAGAUAGUGAAAAUGUGGAGGAGCUGGAGAGAGAGCGCAGGAGGCAGGUGGUAGAAAGGUUUCAAACCGCUCCAUUUGAGGAGAUCGCCGCCCACUGUGGUGCCAGGUCUUCCCUGCUGCAGACUAAACUCAACCAAAUCUUUGAAAUCACAAUCAGGCCUCCUCCAAGUCCGUCUGGCUCUGUCGGGAAUGGCCGGAGUCGCUCCAUACCAGUCUAUGAAAUGAAGUUUCCAGACCUCUGUGUGUACUGAGAGAGGGUAGAGCCACAUACAAACACUCUCUACAUCUCACUAAUGCCAUUUCUUUAUAAUGUCCAGGUGUGACUCAAAAUAUACAUUAGAAGUCUAAAUUAAACAUGACAAACAAAGGAUUGAAUGUUUCUGUAUACUAUCAAACCUCUGAUAGGAUACAUUACAGAAUGAGGUUUUCAUCUUUAUUAAUUCGUCUAUUAAAUACCCCAGGUUAUUGUGUACUGUAAAUGUGCGUCCAGAGCCAGUGAUUGGUGGAUUCCUGUACAAGUAAAGCUGCCUUAAAUUUUUUAUCUUAAGUUAGGAUGUAUAAGAACAUCCUGGGUGUGUCUACAGAAACUGUGUUUUUCGAUGUGUCCAUUGUUUAAAUGACCUUAGUCGUCGUUCGUUAGCUUGCAUGUUUCAAACUUCUUUAUAUGCUGCAAUAACAUCUGUAUUUGAAGCAAUAAUGAAUGACAUUGGAAAUAAAAAAUUGUGAGGGAUUAAUCAUUAAAAUGUAAAUAUAAUGUUUCCAGCGCGAUCAGAUUGCAGUAUCGCGGUCUGAAUGAAACACUGUGUGCAGGAAAAGUAAAUUCCGAUCUGUUUCCCUUUUGUAGUCCCUUUAAGGAAAGUCAUCCCACUCGGCCAUAUUUGCAAUGCCUCAGGGCAACCAUUUGAGUCGUGUGUGAAUCUGGACCACAAAACCAGGUUUAAGUCGCACGGGUAUAUUUGUAGCAAUAGCCACCACUAUUCUUUUAUGCCAAAAAUCAUUAAGAUAUUAAGUAAUGAUCAUGUUCCAUAAAGAUAUUUUGUGGAUGCAGUUGCUAAGGACUUAAUUUGGACAACUUUAAAGGUGAAAUUCAAUUUUCUCAAUAUUUAGAUUUUUUGCACCCUUAGAUUUUUACAUUUGAGUUGUAUCUCAGCCAGAUAUUAUCCUAUCAAACCAACACAUCAAUAGAAGGCUUAUUUAUUCAACUUGUAGAUGAUGUAUAAAUCUCAAUUUAAAACAAAAAUAACACUUGUGGUUUUGUGGUCCAGGGUCACAUGUAAGACCAAGUCAUGUCAACUUGAUUCAAGGAAGACUCACUAAGGUCAUAAUAAAACCACAUAUUUCUGAUAAAUAAGAAAAUAGGAAAAUGAUGCACUCCUGUUAAAUGUAAAAAAGCAUUUAAUCAAAAAAUGGCUACAUGCCAAUGCGUUUCAACUAAACAGUUUUCAUCAGGGCAUCAAAUUUCUGAUCAACUAUUAAAUGCCACAUCAACUGUACUGUACCAUAAAUUCAAUUUCUUAAGCUCAAAUUUAAAUUUUGCUAAUCAAUUUAACCAGGAAUGUAAAAAGAUGGACGUUGUGUCUCCAUAGACUUCCUCUGUAAAAAAAAUGAAGCCAAAAUAUCUCAAAAAUCGCCACUGAUAUCUUUAGUCCGUGCAUGGGCCCCACCACCCAUUUUCCUAUUUGACUCAAUCUUUUAAACCCAACUUAUUAGAAAAACAAACACUUAGGGCCUAUUUUAACGAUCUUAGCUCAUGGUCUAAAGCGCACAGCACACAGUCUAAAAGGGCGUGUCCGAAUCCACUUUUGCUAAUUUACCAACGGGAAAAAUGGUUUGUGCACCUAGUGAACUGUCUAAAAGGGUUGUUCCAAUUCUCGUAAUGAGUAAUGGGUGUGUUUUGGGUGUAACGUGCAAUAAACCAAUGAGAGUCUCAUCUCUUAUCCCCUUAAAAGGCCAGUUGCGCUUGUGCCAUGCCGAUUUCCUAUUUAGAUGGCGGAAUUUGUAAACUGAAAAACUAAGCGAAGGAAGAAGACCACCAGUUUAAGACUGAUGUUAAAAAUGUAUUUGGUUUAAUUUGUAUUGAAAUUGUAAUUUUUUUAUUAAAAUCUUUGGUUCUUUUUAAAAGUCGUUUUCUUUCAGUCAUGAAGUAAAAAUAGCAGGCUUUAAUUGCUCUAAAUGUAUGGAUAGCCUAGACCAGGGGUUCCCAAACUUUUUUUCCUGCGCACCCCCUUCUAUGUCCCAACCGGGUUGGCGCACCCCCAAUCCCCAUUUAAAGAAAAAUCCAAAAAAGCUUUGUUUUCUCACCAUAAAUACUCAUGUUUAAUCAUGCGCAAAUAACCAAGGGCCGGUUGCACUAGCCGGACGUUAAGAAGUUGGGUGUAAUAGUCCUACGUCGGGCUUAGCUACGUCCAACAUUGUGAAAAAUAUUUACGCCUAUUGCACCAUCUGAAACUACACUCAGCGUAGAUGAUGCGCGCCCCCGUGUAUGCGUUUAACCACUGUGAUAUUUAGACACCAUUCGAGUUUACUAUGGUAAAAAACGUACACUUACUGCCGUCAGCUAAUAGAUGACAUAUGAGAGGUUUCCUCAUGUUUACCAGUGCGUCACGUGCAGACCCAUCAAACACAUUAACGAAAGCCUUUACUGUUCGCACAAAAGGUGUAUAAUAGUUUGCAGAUUCAUUAUAACAGCUCAAGUUUCAAACAAAAUUAAAUGAAAGCUUUUAAUAAGUUCUCUACAGUAAGUAUUUAUGUAUUUUAUUAUAUAAUUCAUUGGCGGUCUCUUUACCAUGCAUGAAAACACAUUGCUCGUGUAUCCUGUGCCCAUGUCUCGUCACAUUUCAUUAUUUCUAUUUUUGCCAUAAAAAAGUCUCUCUCUCUCUUGGUCCCUCUCCUCCUUCGUGACUAACAACUUUAUCAUAAGACGUCCCACAUGACAGUUUCCCUGAUUUCAGUCAGUUAAGCAUAUUUAUAAUAUAUAUGGAAUGAAUGAAACGAGUUGGCACGCAUAUAGCGGCUGCAGUGCAUAACAGAAGAGCAGUGCGUAGAAAAAGACAGCAGCUGUCUUCUACGUUUCUAUCAAAAACUAAUAAAUUAUAGUUUUUUAUUUAAAAUAAAAGCGAUUACAAAGGAAAUGUUUACUGUUAAUUUUUUUAUUUAUUUAUUGUAUGGAAAAAUCCCACUUAAAGAAACAGACCGCCAUUACAUUUUUCCUCUUGCGCACCCCCUGGUGGCAGCUCGCGUACCCCUGGGGGUGCGCGUACCACACUUUGGGAAUCCCUGGCCUAGACGAUCAGUUUAAUCUCAAAGAAUAAUUUACAUAUGUGCAAGAAAAGGUUUGUACUCUAUAAAUACUUUAUUUGUAACAAACAGGAGAUAAAGAAUUUAUAAACGUUUGGAGAGACGAAACGUUUCAGCACUCGGACAGCAACGUGAGUGUUUUGAAAAACAUUACUUUAAAAAGGUUCCCAUCUCACCAUAUCCACAGGUACAAAGUCAUCAUAUACAAUAAAUCCGUAGGGAAGCAUUAAAAAAAAACAUUUUAGAUGCAAUACUGUAUUUGCAUUUGUUUAAAGCAAAACAUUUAAUAACUUACCAGGCUACUGGUGAAACAGUUCUUCUAACGUCUCGUAAUCGCACUUCAUUUAUGUCCAAGAGACUUAAUAAUCUUUUACAUUUUAAUCCUUUAAUUUUAUAUAUUUAAAAACGUUUGUGUGCUGCUGCGCAUCCAUGUGUAUGAUAAGCAAAUGCGCGUUGUUGUCCCAUUUAUAGCCACAUAUUACUAAUGCGCUCUUUAAAAAACAAAAACAAUAUUGCACCUUAGUUGCCUCAAAAUAGCAACAGGUCAACAAUGCACCUGAACACACCUCCUUUUCAGCCCAGAUCGCCCAUGGGCGCAAAAAUGGGCAAAAAAUUGAUUUGCUAUUGUGGUGCUAAAUGUGAAAAUGAAAACUGCGCCGAGCUGAAACUAGCAAAAAACGCUUGCGUCGUUAAAGUCACAAUUUCAUUAAUCAAUUAAUAAUUUUUUUAUGGAAUACUGUGGGAUUUUUUUAUAUAAAUUAAUUAUCUGUGAGCGUCAUUAUUUAAAAAAAAAAUCAUGUGCCCUUGUAAUCUUUAGCUCUUUUUCUGCCAAUUCUUUUUAAAGUUGCCAGCCAGCAUGAAUUUUUAAAGUUAAUGCUUUCCAGAAUUUUUUUAAUGAAAGAACUACCCCUUUGCUUUUAAACAAAAAAGUCCUAUCUUUAUUUGUUCUCUUUUUAUCACUUCUCAAAUAUGGGUAGAUAUCUUAAAAAAUAAAAAAUUUUGAGCAAAAAACUGAGAUAAUUGCAUUUCUUUAAUUAUUUUAUUAGAGAUCCGAUUCAGAACGAAAAUUGGAACAUUCUAGGUGUAUUUUCUACUUUUGGAUCCAUGGAUGCUAUAGUGUUUUAUAAGGUGGGUAAGAACGCCACCUAGUGCAUAAUAGCAGAAAUAUGGAUGGCCAUAAAAACUCGUCUUUGGAAGAGAAGUGUUUUCUCUCAAUUAACAAGAUCUCAAUUGACGACUCUUCAAUGGCGGGUAAAGAGUUAAUCAAAAGCGCUAAUCUCCUCCCAUCUCAAAACGAUCUCUCUCUACUUCCGGUCACAGGCAAUAGCGCGAGGGUGGGGCCAGGGAAAAGAUUGCAGCGAUUUGCAAGUAGCAACAUGACCCAACUUCAAAGAUCCAGUCAGUUCUAAAUAGACGAAAUCAAGUCCCGCCCUACUUUUUUUCUAAUUUAAGAAGCCAUUUCAGUCGGAUAUACGUCACGAGAAGGAAAAUAAGACAAUCGCUACUUCCAUUUCAUGCCGACUUUAAAAGUAUAUCAACAUGAUAAGAAGUAACAUCAUUGGCAAAAAUGUAUUUGAAAUAUAAUAUAUUCAUUAACCCAUUCGUUUACAUGGGGAGGGCGGGGUUUAUGACCUAUACUGCAGCCAGCCACCAGGGGGCGAUUUAAGUGUUUUGGCUUCACUUUUCAGGACGUGUUUAUGCCUAGGUAUGACACAUACAGUAUGUGCAACAUAUUUACAGAACUCAUUCCCAAGACAAUCAUUAGUCUUUAACAGUUGACGAUUGGCUCUUUUUACUGGAAGGCGGGACUUUCUUCGCCAGAGCAGAUGUAUUGAACGUGGCACUUUCCCUUCUUGAAAGUAACAGAAUUGCGGCAUCUUGUUAGUAUAGUUUUUGGAUGUAUUCACAAGGUAUAUCAAAAAAUCCUGUAUAUUACUACCUUUCACCCCUUUUUAAUCGCUAAGAGUUACAGUAUAUAAAUCCGAACUUCAGUGUCACAAAAUAUAUUUUUAAUAAAAUAACCGUUUUCCUUUCCGAACUGGUGACACUUCUAAUAUUCCCUUAUUUUCAGGGUCUCAAGGGACCAUGUAGAUCUUUAUUUAUUGUUUUACCUUGAAGUAUAUUUGUUUCAUUUCUUGCUUCUUUGCUUUUCUUUCUAUAAAGAAUUUUCACGUUUAUGUAUAUAUUUUGUUUUCUUGUUAUUUAAACGUAGCACUUUAAAGCUCACUGUGUAAAUGUUGUGUGAAUUGUCAUCUUGCCAUGUGUUCUUGUGUUUACCGUAUGUUAUGUUUUUAUAUUGUAUGUUAUAUGUUUUAUGUCAUUAUGUUUUCCUGUUGUAAUUUAUUGACUCAGAGUACCGGCUUUAAAAUCAAGGCAAAACAUUUGGUUUAGUGGGUACGUUGGAAUAUUUUGCGUAGAUGGCUUACAUGUACGGUCGUUGAAAUUGUUUUGCAUGUAAAAAAUUUCAAAAACUGUUUGUUGCUGCAUGCACUGGAUGUUUUGUCUGUGCUUUUACCAUUUUCGUUAAUUUAAAUCACUUAAUGAUCACAUGAAAUUGUAAGUGUUAUGUGUUUGGGUACUGUCAUUGCAAACUGAUAUCAUUUCAGAACUGUGUUCUGUGAAUGUUUGCACUUCUUAUGUGGUGUGACAAUAAUGUCCAUUAAACACAAAUUUUAUGAAAUCAAAGUCCUGACGUGUGUUUAACUGGCAAAUGUGUGUUUGUUUUUCAGAAAUGAACCACUUUUCUGCUUGAAACAAUGAGUUUAUGUAUCACAUUUCAAAAUUUACAGUAUAGUACAUUUCAAUAAAUAAGAUAAAAAUGCUUUUCUUUCGCAUUGAGCUGGUAUUUAAUCACCACAGCAUUUCUAUGUACAGUAUUCAGAAUUUAUUGUUGAUUCUGUGAAUAAACUCUAAAGCUUAUGAUGCAAAGAUUUAAGUGCUAUUGGUUUUAAUCACCCUCCCCCCUUUACUACUAAGAUGCCUUCUCAUCAGAAGUACUGGGAAGAAAUGUAUCACGUGUAUAUUAAAAAUUUAUUUCCUUUCCACCCUGAUCUAAAAAACCCCUCACUGAUCCUUCUUCUGGUGGUCUUUAUUGAUGACAUUUUUGAAGAGUGUGAGAAGGGGUUUCUGGCCGCGCUCGUCCCAGGAUUUCAUGAAGCCCCCGUAGCGUUUGCUAGCAGGUGGGCUGCUCCAUCGAAAAUGGUUCAUUUUGUAGGACCCAUCCUUCUUCUCCUGGUUCAGGAAGUUGUUGUCCUCCAGGGGGUAGUCGACUUCAUUGGUGGCCAGCUCACGUCUCAUCUCAGCUGGGAGAGUCUCUGCGGAUUCCUCUUCAACGCCG